UGCUCUGCGUCAGCAAAAAUUUGAUAUUGUACCGCUUUCACAAGGUCAAGGGAAGUAAUUUAAUACCAUUCUUAGAACAACAAUUCUGGGGAAAUAUAACACGGCUUUAAUCGAACACUUGUCGGAACAUGCAGUAUCUUUCCAAAAUCACACUGAUGUUUAAGCAAUAAAAUGGCUACAAAUGGUCAUUCUGGUCAUCCCAUGAAGUGGUUCAAGGACCAGAAUGCAGCAAGACAUGCUUAUGAAUGCGCAAUAUGUCUGGAGGUUUUGAAAGACCCUGUGCAAAUACAAGACUGUGGACAUCAAUUUUGUGAGCUCUGUAUUCAAGAUAUCCUCAGGUCUGAUCCUCGAUGCCCAUCAUGUAGGAUUGACAUAUCAUAUGCCAAGAUAUUUGAAGAUCAAGCUGCUAGGCGACAAAUCAAACAACUUCAUGUUAAUUGUUGUAAUGAAGGAUGUAGCUGGAUGGGAUGUUUAAGCUCUCUACUACAGGACCAUCAGAAUAGCUGCAACUUUUUGAUAGGCAGGGCUGACAAUGCCCAUCAACUUGAUGUUUGGAAACUUCAGCGAAAACUUCAAAUUCUCAUGUUAAAAGUUUCUACUUUAGAGAAAAAGCAAGAAGAUGAUAUUAAAGAACUUACGUUGAAGCAUGAGAACGAGUUGAAACAACUCAAGUCGAAGCACGAUGAAGAUUUGAAAGCACUCAGAGAGGAGUUCUUAGUGUCACAAUCGGCACAAGCUGCACAUGCUCCACAAAAAGUUCAGAAACCUUUAACCCCGCCAGAACCUGAACCAGCGUACACUUGGAAGAUUGCAAACUUCACAAGAAAGCUUUUAAUUGCCAGAUCGGAUAACCAACUUGGUUCUCUGGAAAGUGAACCAUUUUUCUCGAUUCAUGGUUACAAAAUGCGACUAGAGGUGAAUCUCAACGAAGGACCAAGAAAUUAUGUUGGCUUUUUGGGUGUUUACAUGGGUUUGUUAAUGAGUGAUCGCGAUGGAAUUUUACCCUGGCCUUUCACAAAGCGUUGCAGCUUUGUUCUCGUUGACCAACAAGAUGAUGUUGGUAAAAGACAGAACAUCCAGAAGUCUUUUGUUCCAGAAGGAGAGAAUAACUUCAAGCGACCACGACAGCGCGCUAACACUGGUCGUGGUUUUCCGGACUUUGUUCUGCAUACAACUUUGCACACUCGUCAAUACAUUAGGGAUCACGCUGUGUACAUUAAAAUCAUAGUUGAUCCAUGAAAGACAGCGCCAGGUUGAAAUUAGAAUUUAGUUCUCUUAGAAAUUUAGUCUGUUAUAUUCUGUAUCAUGAUGAUUAAUGCCAUAUUACCCUUACACUUAAAAAGUUUCGAAUAAGGACAUUACUUAUCGACAAUUUAAAACUUUGGAUUAUGCUUGCUAUCUGACUUAAAACAAUAUCUAGACUAAAAUACUACUUUUAUCGUCACUUCUGUUUGAUUGCCUGCACAUGUACUUUCGUUUUUUCCACUAAAUUUAUUGAAAGAACAAAGGAUCGAAAUGGUGAUCUUUUAUUUUUUGCUAAGCACCUGGGUGGUAAGGGAGCGACAUAGAGAUUGCACAAUCCAGCUUAUUUGACUAUUUGAGAUCAUCAACUUUCAAACAAAAGUAUAUCCAGGAAUUUAAGAACAAAGUUGCAAGGACUGAAUCGAAGUGAGCAAUCAAUAAUUCUGUUUCAAACUUUUACUUCAUUAAAGCAAAAUGUUUUGCAGUUAGGAGGUGUUUUGCCCAAGGAUGGCAACGACUGGAAAUUCUGGUCAUCCAUUGAAAUGGUUUAAUUAAGGACCAGAAUGCGGCCAGAAAUUACUGGGAAUGUGCAAUAUGUCUUGAGGUUUUAAAAGACCCUGUGCAAAU